ACCUUUUCACACUAGGGCAUCUGUAAUUUGGUCAGGAAUAGCUUAGUUAAAUGGAUUAGAAGAGGGAAACAUUUGCUGCUUGACAGCUCCUUGUGGGUGGUUUUCGGUGAAUGAUUAGUGGAUGACCUAAAAAUCUAGCGGAUCAACUGGGAGAGACACUGAACAGAAGGUUCACAGACAUGUAUUGCUGUUUGACUUGUGGACAGAAGAAGGAUCAGUUUCGGUAUCGCUUGUUGCCUGCAAGGCUUGGCUGUUAAAACCUGGAUGGCAGCGGUAAAGCUUAUUCCACUUGUAGAAUCGAUGCUAUUGUCCCCUGGAGAUGUAAUGGACUGUACUUGAGCGAGUUCUGUUUGCUCACUUGGUCUGCCCCUGAGGUACGAUCAAACUCAGAAGGUUCAAAGCAAGUUUAGUCAGUUGCGAGCUGGAUGAGGUAAUUGUGCAGGAGGAGAUUUUGAAUGAACAUAUUGAGUUUAAAGAGUUGGCUGGCAAGAGUAAUCUUUAAAGAUGGUUGAUGGGAAGGGUGUGAAGGUCAGAUUGUUAUGUUAUGUUCCGAGGCAUAGCCGACUGGUUAGGCUUAAGAGUUCUGUUUUUGAGUAGUAAUUUUGACAUUUAUAAUCCUCACUACAAAGUGGUAGCUGCUUGAAGAAGCGACAAUGUUCCUGUACUGGAAGAAGCGUGGUGCCUAUGAGCUGGAGGCUGCGCCACCGUCACUCAGUCAAGUGGGAAUGGAGCGCUACUCUUGGUCGUCAUCCCUGGACGUCAUCCAGGAUCUCUGUGAUGACAAACCCGUGCAGGAGGAGGACGGGGUGGUGUGCCAGCACCCCGAGUGUCCUGACCGCCGGAGGGCCUCUAAGGUUUGCCACCACCCAGACUGCCAAGACCUGAAUAGCAAAAGCCCCCUUCACCUGUGUGAGUCAUGUGACUCACGCUGCCAUUCAGAGAACACAGACAACAUGCACUUUGACCGGCACCCCCGAUUCGACUUACAGCCACAAGCCUCCAUCCUGGCUCGGAACGUGUCCACGCGCUCCUGUCCCCCACGCACCAGCCCCCACUCUGACCUGGAGGAAGAGGAUGAGGGGAGCAAUGACCGCGGGGAGCGUAAAACAGUGGGCAUAAAGUUGGUGAAAAAGAAGCCGCGGAGACGACACACUGAUGACCCCAGUAAGGAGUGCUUCAGCCUCAAGUUUGACCUCAAUGUGGACAUUAACACAGAAAUCGUACCUGCUAUGAAAAAGAAAACGCUGAGAGAGGUUCUGGGUCCAGUGUUUGACAGGAACGGUAUUGAGUUGUCCCGGGUCGAGUUGUUCCUGGACCAGUCCAAUACGCCACUGUCUCUGAACUUCGAGGCCUACAGAUUUGGAGGACACUACCUCAAAGUUAAAGCACGACCAGGUGAUGAGUUGAAGGUGGAGCAGGGCGUGAAGGACAUGCGGUCACUCAGCCUGCCCAACAUGAAGCCCUCCGGAGGCCAGAGCCCCUACAUCGUCACUCCAGGCGGCGCGAAGAUGGAGCACGGAUCGCUGGGACGACGUGAAAACAUAGAUUUGUUGGGUCAGGCGCGACGGAGGAAGAACAUAACGGAGUUCCUGGGGGAGACGAAUAUUCCAACCCCGGAUGCUCUGGGACAGAUCGGUGGCUCCCUGCCCAGCGUUGGGGCCGGGCCCGACAGCUGGAAGAACCGCGCUGCCAGCCGCUUCAGUGGCUUCUUCAGCUCCAACGCUGGAGCAGGGCCCUUCGGCAAGGAGCUGGAUCGUCUGGAGCAGCUCCAGAGCAAGCUCCACUCCUACACGGAGUUCGGGCUGCCCAAGGUACCACGGCAGCUCUACUUCCAUCAGGACUCCUGGGAGCAGAGUGAAGAAGAGACCUGCCUGUCCCUGGAGGACAGCUGGCAGACGCUACUGGAUGGACCAGAGGAGUUGACAAGGCGACAGUUCCACCAACAGGAGGCGAUCUGGGAGCUGCUGCACACCGAGGCUACCUACAUAAAGAAACUCAGGGUCAUAACUGAUCUGUUCCUGUGUGGGCUGCUGAACCUGCAGGAGAGCGGCCUGCUGACGGAGGUGGAGCCCGCCAAGCUCUUCAGCAACAUCCAGGAGAUAGUCUGCCUCCACACGACCCUGUGGAACGAGGUCAUGCUGCCUGUGCUGGAGAAGGCCAGGCAGGCCCGGGCCCUGCUCAACCCCACUGAUCUCCACCACGGCUUCAGGACGUUUGGCUCCAGGUUCCAGCCCUACAUCCGCUACUGCAUGGAGGAGGAGGCCUGCAUGGAGUACAUGCGCACGCUUCUCAGGGACAAUGAGCUCUUCAGGACAUACGUCACGUGGGCAGAGACCAAUAAGCAGUGUAACCGCCUGAAGCUGGCCGACAUGUUGGCAAAGCCUCACCAGAGGCUGACCAAAUAUCCCCUCCUGCUGAAGAGCGUCCUCAAAAAGACGGACGAGCAGCCAGCACGCGAGGCUGUCAACAGCAUGGUGGCAGCAGUGGAGGGCUUCAUCAACAGCGUGGACUCCCAGAUGAGACAGCGUCAGGAACAACAAAAGCUGGCCACCAUCUCUGCCCGUAUAGACUCUUACGAGGCUGUAGAGGGCAGCAGUGAAGAGGUGGAGAAGAUCCUCAAGGAGUACAACCGCUUUGACCUCAUGGCUCCCAUGAGAGGAAUAUCUCCAGAGGAGACUCGACAGCUGCAUCUGGAGGGAGCGCUGAGGAUGAAAGAGGGCAAAGACAGUAGGAUGGAGGUCUACUGCUUCCUGUUCACUGACCUGCUGCUAAUAACCAAGCCAGUCAAAAGAGUGGAGAAAGUCAAAAUCAUCCGCCAGCCGCUCCUCAUUCACAAUGUGGUGUGUAAAGAGCUCAAAGACACGGGCUCAUUCAUUCUCAUCUACCUCAAUGAGUUCAAGAGUGCAGUGGCAGCCUACACUUUCCAGGCCAACAGCGCCCCCCAGGGGCGAAGCUGGAUAGAUGCAAUCUGCAACGUCCAGAACCAGCUGCAGAGGCUUCGCACUGAGGAGGACCUGCGGCGGAAGAACAGCCUGAAGACGUGUGUGGAGCGUGAGGUAGAGGAGGAGGAGGAAGAUGAGAGCAGCUCCACCACAAGUUCCCCGUGCCUGAGGCACAAGGACCAGCAGAACUCCAGUCAAUCAGACGGUUCCACGGAGACCCUGUCUGUGAUGGACGUCGACGAACCAGGAGAACACCCAGAGACUCCUGUCUCCAACAUAAACCUCGGGGGAACCUUUAGUAAAGACUCUGAUUGUGACGCCCCUCUCUCCGAAAGCUCCGAGACCACGAGUUCCCUCAGCGUCCACUCCAGUAUUUACUCUGAGCACAAUCAGGGGAUGGGGCCUGACGCCGAGGAGUUGGACCCACAGUGUCGCUCUCUGUCCAUGGACAGCGCCUACGGUACCCUCUCCCCCGAGUCCCUCCUGAGAGAACUGCAGCCACAGGCUGGCCAGAGUGAAGGAGAAGAGACGGAGGAAGAAGAGGGAGACAGAGAAGGUCAGGAGGCAGAGCGGGAAGAGGCACAAAUAGACGAGGAGGAAGAGGUGGAGGAGGUGGAGGAGGAGGAGGAGGAGGAGGAGGAGGAGGAGGAGGAGGAUACCUCACGGGGGUCUCAGCAGUCCGUAGUCCAGUCCUCUAAACCCCGUCGGCGACCUCACGUUCAGUCACGAGUCCACUGCCUCCAGAACUUUUCCUCUCUGACCUUAUCCCGCUCUGAGGACAACCUCCUGCAGCACUUCCACGGUAGAACCCCCAUCUGCCACAUACACUCACACAGCUCCGAGGAGCCGGACCAAUCGCAGAGUUCAGACAUGGACGCGUUGUCGCUGGCACACAGCAAGAGCCUCUCGGAGCUGGGCCAGGACUCCGUGGAGCUGUUCUCCGGUGACCUCGACCAGUCUGACGACUGCUUGACCAUCACCGUGCCCUCGGACAAACUCAGCGCCACCCUGAGGAGGGCGCAGGCCAGGCAAGGCCAAAAAGCCGGACCGUGCGAGGAGAACGACUGCCUGGGCAACGGCUCGGACGGAGAAACUGCUCCAUUCGCCUGCGCAGAUAAGAAACAGGAGUCGGUGGUGACGGGCGAUUCAGGGGAAGCUUCGCCCAAGAAGAGGAAAUCUCCAAACCAGCAGCACAAGAAGCUGACGCUAGCUCAGCUCUACAAGAUACGCACCACACUCGUCCUCAACUCCACACUGACAGCAUCAGAGGUAUAACGAUGAACACACGACCAGUGGCACGAGGACAUUGAGAGGAACAACACUUGUUUCAUGAGGAUGGACUGAACUUCUUGACACACAAAUGCACUCUCUCUCUAACUGUCCUCUCCCUUCCUGUUGCUUUUUGGACAGUGACUGCACCAUUUUUACAUUUGAACAAUGAUUUCUUUUUUUUUUCUUUCUUUCUUUCUUUCCCUUUGCCGUUGCAUUGGUUUCUGAAUUUUUCAAAUGGAAGGGAGAGGCAGAGAGACAUUAACUGAUUGCACUUUGCAACAGAAGUAGCAUUAUGGGAGGAGGGGUGUGGCCGGGACCUUAAGGUGGACUUGUGGAGUCUGCACGGGGUGGAGCUGAAUCCUGCACCCUUUUCCCUCUCCGGAGGCGACGAGAGGGACACCAAAGGCUCUCUAUACACACGAUUAAAAAAAAAGAUGAAAGCACCUAGGACGACCUCCUGAUACUUUACUACUCCUGGUUUGCUUUCAACAAAAGAAAAGAAUUGCACAGUUCUGUUUGUUAAGUAAAAUAAUCACUAAAGAGUGAAUUUACAUUUACAGUCACAUGAUGAAUUUGUUGUUUGUGUACAGAUGUGUUUGUGUGUUUGUGUGUGUGUGUGUGUGUGUGUGUGUGUGCGAGAUGAAUGAAUGUCUGUGUUGGAUUCCUGACUGAACCAAAACUGAUUCCCGUUUCUUGUGUAACGCACCCAAAGAUGGAAGACCUGUGUAGGGCAGAAGAAGCGCGCCCAAAGACAACCCAGCCAAUCACGAUUCAGCUCAUGAACCAGCCGCUUUACUCUUAAACCUUUAGGUUGAUAUGUCGAACUAACGAGAAGGGGGUUUGUAAAGGCGACGACUGAAUAUGGGAGACUGAAGCUGCCCGUGGAACGUAAACGUAUGAAAACCACGUAUCCAGCUGGUUCCUUCAAAGGAAGGAGGUCGUGUCUCUUUAUGAUUAAAUGAGGAUGUGGAAUGAAAAGGGUUUGGGGUGAAUGAGUGAAUCUGCAGAGCUUUCACCGGGAGACUAAAACAAACUCAGCGUUUCAGAUCAGUGAUUAUUAACCUUACUCCAAACAUUGUCCAAAAAAAUAACUGUUUACUUUAGUUUAUGUGUAAUAUUUAUUAUGCCUGCUCUAUUUUAUAUAUAUACAUAUAUAUAUAAGAUAUUGUUUAUAUUGUUUGCUUCUAUGAUUUGUAUUUUUUUGUCAAUGUAGUCUUAAUUUUUAUUUUUUUUUCUUCGCCAGGCAUUAAUGUGCUAUGAACCAAAAUCAUGUGUUUCCUCUUUCAGGAAUGACUUUAAAGUGUCUUACAAAAUAAAUAAAAAAUUCUAAAAAUA